UAGAAGAAAAAUUAUUGACCUCAUUAUAUAACAACACAUUAUUAUAACCAUGCAAAAUGCAAGAAAUUACAGACAUACUCGCUCUACCGUCCGUUUUCCCCUUCGUUCCACCCUAUAAAUUUAGGUCAAAACUGCUCCUCACAGGCACACAAAACAAGAGAAGUUAAUAAUAUAGUCAUAAAUAAUAAACCAAAAAAUUAAGGAAAAUAAUAAUAAUAAUAAAAAGAAAAAUGGCAAAGGCUAUUGGUCUCAUCUCUGCCCUCUUCAUCCUGGCCUUUGCCACCAUUGCCCAAUGCCACAAACAAGAAGUGUUCACAGUGGAGGGAGAUGUUUAUUGCGACCCCUGCCGUGUUCAAUUCCAAAAUCCCCUUAGCGAGAAGCUCGCAGGGGCUGCUGUGAAACUAGAGUGCGUGAACCUGGAGACGAAGGCUGUAACAUACAGCAUAGAAGGAGUGACGGAUGGGAGUGGAAAGUACAGCCUGAAGGUGAGUGGGGACCACGAGAAUGACUCGUGCUACGUGAAGGCCGUGAAGAGCCCGAAGCCCGAGUGCAGCGAGCCCCUGUCUGACGUGGAGCUUUCGAGGGUGGAUCUGACCGAGAAUAUUGGGAUCCACUCAGAUGUGCGAUUUGCUAACCCGAUUGGGUUCAUGACUAAGGACCCGCACGCUCAGUGCAUCUCCGUCCUUCAGGAUAUUUUCUCUGAUCAGGACUAGAUAACUUUUUUUUUUUUUAAUGUGAUUAUUUAUUUAUUUUGUUAUAUGAUAAACAAUAAUAUUGGAAUUGGAGAUUGGCUUCUUUUUUCCUUUUUGGGGCUUCUCAUGUUGUGUGUAACCGGUGACCAUGAGGUGUGACCGGUGACCAUGAGGUGUGACCGGUG